AUGGCAUUAUUAGGUAAAACUUUAAAAGGACGUACUACAAAGCCUGGAGGUACAGAGUAGAAGAGAAAUAUAAAAAUAAGACAGAUAACUAAAUCUUAACAAGAAUUUGAAGAGAGUUAAAAGUAGGCUUAAGUAAUUUGAUGUUAUUGAUAUAGUUUAAAAAAGAGUAACUGCGAAGUAAAAUUAGAGAGGAGCAAAAGAUUGUUAAUUUCAAUACAAAGAAACUAAUGGCUUAUUGGAGAAGAACUAUGAGAGCUGUAAAAACAGAAUAAUUGAAACAAGAUAUUGAAUUAUAUUCUUAGAACAAUAAAAGGGAAUUAGAUUCAAAAGAAGCUUUCAUUCAAAUGCUUGAUAAGAAUUUAGAUGAAGCUGAAGAUCAAUAUUAAAUUGCAUUAAGGAACCAUCUUAUUCAUUUAGAGAAUUUUCAUUUAUUAUAAGAGAGUAGAAAUAGGGCAUUGUUGGAAGAAUUUGAAAGAGAUAUCAAAAUACUUUAAGAAGAAUUUUAAUUAGAAUUUGAUGAUAUGACAAAGACUCAUAAAUAAUAAGUUAAAGAAUUGGAAGACAUGAUUAAAACAGUAGAAGAAGAGGAGAAAAGAAAGGCAGAAUUAGCUAAGAAUUAACAUUAAACAAAUAGAGAGGAAACAAAGAAUAAAGAUGUAGAAGAUACAAGUUAGAUGAAAUAAUAAUUAGAAGAUAAAUAAACUAAAUUUUAUAAUGAUUUAGAAUAGAUGCAUUAAAAAUAUCAAUCUGAUACUGCAAAGAAAACUGAAGAUCAUACUAAAUAUUAUGAUGCUAAUAAAGAUAUGUCAAAAAAAAUAGAAAGAUUGGUUAGAUCUAUAGCUAGUAAGAAAGCUAAGAUUGAUUUAACUAAAUAUAAAAUUUUAUAACAUACUAAAGAAUGCAAUGCUAGAAAUUAAGCUUUAAAAAAAGAAAAAGAAAAUAUUGCCAAAAAUUACUAAGAUUUAAAAUUGAAAAUGAAUAAAUUUAGAGAAGAAUAAUAAAGAUUAUUAAAAGAAUUAGUAAAUAAUAGUAGAAAUGCUGUUUUAAAAUUAACUGAAUAUAAAGAAUUAGGAGAAAAGAUAUUAAAAACAGCUGAACUUUGUAGGAGAUUAGAAACUGAAAGAGAGAAAGUAUUACCAUUUUAUGAAGAUACAGUUGAUAUGGAUUAAAUUCCAGAGAAUUUAAAGGAUGAUUUUGAAGUAAUAGAAAAAGAAUAAUAUGAAGAAUUUGCUUAUCUAAAUAAUUUCUAUAAGAGAUACAAUAAGGUAUAUAAAAUUAUAUUAUAUAUUAGGUUUUAUUGGAUAUAUUGGCAAUUUAAAAAUAAAAAGAAGCUUUAUAAAAUGAGAGUAAUUAAUUAUAAUCAUUACUAAAAUAAUAUUUGGAUGGAUUAUCAUGUAAUGAUGAUGUAUUAUCAAAUCCAAAUCCAUUAUUUGUUAAAAACUUUAAUAUUGAUUUAGGAGAAAAGUAAGUGACUGGAGAUUUGUAGUAAACAGUUAUAGAAGGUGUAUUUAAUGUAAGAAGCACUUAAAUGUAAUUAUAAGGAUAAAGGGUGGGACCAUUUUAAUGA